AUGGAUUAAACUAAAGUGAAGAAAUCUGGAGGAUUCGAAUCUAUGGGAUUAAUCCCAGAACUUUAUAGAGCUAUCAAGAAUUAGGGAUUUAAUGUUCCUACCCCAAUAUAAAGAAAAGUAUAUUGUCAAUUGAUGUAAUUUAGGCAAUACCAUAAAUUUUGGCAGGGCGUGAUAUUGUGGCUUGUUCAAAAACAGGAUCAGGUAAAACAGCUGCUUUUUUAAUUCCUAUGAUAAAUAAAUUAUAGAAUCAUAGUACUGUUGUAGGAAUAAGAGGAUUGAUUCUACUUCCAACAAGAGAAUUAGCUUUACAAAUAGCAUCAGUUUUAAAAUACUUAUGCAAAUUUACAGAUUUGCAAUAUUCUAUAAUGGUUGGUGGUCAUGGUUUUGAAGGGUAAUUUGAGAGUUUGGCAGGAAAUCCUGAUAUUUUAAUAUGUACACCUGGUAGAGUGUUGUAACAUUUAUUGGAAGAUAGAUUAAAAUUAUCUAGAGUUUAAAUGGUAAUUUAUGAUGAGGCUGAUUUCUUAUUUGAAAUGGGUUUGGCUGAUCAAUUAAAAUAAAUCUUAACUUAUCUUCCAUCUUAAAAAUAAUCAUUAAUGUUUUCUGCUACUAUUCCAGAAUAAUUAAGUAUUUUUGCUUCUGUUGGUUUAAAAGAUUAUAUAUUUUGUAAAUUAGAUAAAGAAUUUCAAUUACCAGAUUCUAUGUAAUUACAUUUUUUGUUAACAGCAAAUGAGAAUAAAUUGAGUGCUUUAAUAUAUUUGAUAAAAUAAAUUGAGGAUACUUGUUUGAUAUUUGCAUCAACUCGAUUUUUAGUGGAUAUGCUUUCAUAUGCCUUAGCUAAGUUUCAUAUAUCAUCAGUACAUGUUUAUGGUAAGAUGGAUCAAUUAGACAGAAAAGAAUAAUUAGAUAACUUCAAAAAAAAUCAUGUGAAAGUCCUCAUCGUAACGGAUUUAGCCAGUAGAGGUAUAGAUCUUCCAUUUGUUGCCAAUGUAAUACAUUAUGAUUAUCCUUCUAAUCCUAAAAUAUUUAUACACAGAUCUGGUCGUACAGCUAGAGCAGGUAAAGCAGGAUAUGUAUAUGCUUUGAUCUCAUCAGAGGAAAUUCUCUACAUUAAAGAAACUAUGAUUUAUGUUGGUAGAAAAUUAGUAAAUGAUGGAGAUUUUACUGAUCCAGCUUUGUCAUUUUAUGGUAACAUACCAAUAGAAUUAUUGAUGUAAAAUCAAGAGAAGUUGAAUGAUUUGAAUGAUGAUAUAGAGUUUUAGAAUUAUAAGGAAAUAGCAACAAGAGCAAAUGAGAAAUUUCGUAAGACAAGAGGAUCAGCUAAGAAGGUUAAGACAAAUAUUGACACAAGUUUAGUGCAUCCAUUAUUUAAGGAUAAAAUAUAAGUUGAGGAAGAUACUAAGGAUAUGUUGAAUUAAAUAAAACAUUUUAAAUCUAGUUAGAGUGUGAUAGAGAUAAAGAAAUUUGAGUAGAAUUAAAAAUCUGAUCCUUUUAUGAAGGCUGUGUCUCAUUUGAAAGAUGUAUAAAAAAGAAAGCCUGUUACUAAGAUAGAAUUGAAAGAACAACCAAAAUCAUUGAAUAUAGAUAAUUUUAUGGAUCAAAAAUUCUUUAUUCCAACAUAAAGGGAUCCAACAAAAAGAUCUGAAUUUGAAGAUUUACAUAAGAUUACAGUGGAGGACAUAAAUCCAUUUGUAAUAUCAGAUGAGACAGAUGCAUUAAGAAAGAGAAAAUAGAUGGUUUGGGACAAAGAGAAGAAGAAGUAUGUAAAUUAGAAAGGAAAUCAAUAGUAAGAUAAAGAAGAUCGUGGAAUGAAGAUAGAGAAAGGGAAAUAGAGUUUUAAGAAAUGGUAGAAGCAAACAAGUAUUUAAUUAUAGAAUGUUGGAGAAGAGGAAGUAAAGAUUUAGUUUAAAUAUAGGAUCAAGAAACAGUUUCUAGAGCAAGAGAAAUGUUUAAGAGAAGAUAAAUGAGAGGGAAAGGAUAUUAUUUUAAUAAAGAAGAAGGAGGAUAACAAUAAUAAUAACGUGGAGGACGAAGAUAGGAAAUAAAGAGACCAGAACAGUUGUUGAAAGUAAAGAUUUAAUAUAAUAUAUAUUAGUCUAAAAAGAUAAAGAAGAAUUUGAAAUUGAAGAAUAUGGAGAAGGGUAAGCGUAGAUAGAUAGAGAAGAAACAUAGAAAGAAUAAAUUGUGAUUAAUAAAUAUAUUUAAUU